AUGGAUGAUAUGGUCGGUAAUCACAAGACAUUCGGGGACCUCUAUCGCAGAGACAUUCACAGAGAGCUACACUCUGUUCCUCCAGCUAGCGCUCACCCCGUGGGUGUACCACAAGAUUUUCCAGCCAGUUCAUCCUUGAAUCCUGAAGCGCCAUCUUAUAAACCCACCAACUCAAGCCUAUCAUCGGAUUUCACAAAGUUCCUCCUCAAGAAAGAUCUCCUUCUAACUCGUCUAACUACCUUCAAUGAUAAACCUGAGACCUAUGCAUCCUGGAAAAACAGUUUUAAAAACAUAAUGGAGGAACUGGGAGUUACUCCAGUGGAAGAGAUUGACUUACUUGUCAAGUGGCUGGGGAAAGAUUCACAAAAGUACGCUCAAUCCCUAAAAACCUCCACAUCAAACGAUCCUAUAAGAGGUCUUCGCCGUAUUUGGGAAAGACUGGAUGAAAGGUUUGGAGCUCCGGAAAUGGUUGAGGCGGCCUUAAAGUAUAAAGUUGACAGUUUUGCGAAAAUCACCUCUAAGAACUUUAAGUCCCUGUACGACUUGACUGAUAUAUUGAGUGAAAUAGAGUCGGUGAAAGAAGACACCAAGUUCAGUUCUCUUCUGGGAUAUUAUGAUUCAUCAUCUGGUGUAACCCCUAUCGUCAGAAAACUCCCCAUGAAUCUCCAAGAAAAAUGGACUACAGCGGCUGUCAAGUACAUUGAAGAACAUAAUGUGCCAUACCCUCCAUUUUCUAUAUUCGUCGAUUUCAUUAGAAGGCUAAGUAAGACGAAGAACAAUCCGAGCUUUAUUUACGACAAGGAAUUUUCCUCAAACAAACCAAAUGAGAGAACUGGAAUUUCCGCUUUGAAAACCAAGUUUGUUGGGACGUCACUUGAGAAGCCACAAUCUGAUCCCUCUAUGAAAUGUCCAUUACAUCACUCAAAUCAUGGGCUAAACAAGUGCAAGGCUUUCCGUUUCAAGUCUCUCGAAGCAAGGAGGAAAUUCUUGAAAGAGAAUGGAAUUUGUUUUCGUUGUUGUGCAUCUACAUCACACACUAGACGAGACUGCAAGGUGGCCAUUAAGUGUGAGGAGUGUGGGAACGACAGGCAUCCGACAGCACUUCAUGUAGACUUCAGAGCAUCAGACGGGUUACCACGCUCUACCCAACCUUCAGAGAGAGAUCCCAUUGUUAAGAACUCUAGUCCUUUGACUCCUUCAGCUUUGCAUGGUGGGGAGGAAACUGUAACUGCUGAAAUACCUAAACCAGCUGCAAAGACACUGUGUACUCAGAUCCAAAAGGGAACCUUUAACGGAACAUCGUGCUCAAAGACACUUCUAGCUCAUGUGUACAGGAAAGAAAAUCCAGAGGACCGACUAACAUUAUAUGCCAUCAUUGAUGACCAAAGCAACAAAUCGUUAGUUAGCCCUGAAUUCUUCAAGCAUUUUUCAGACGUCUAUGGGUACACUUCCUACACCCUAUCUUCUUGUAUGGGUCGUAUAGAUACUUAUGGUAGGAGAGCAACUGGAUUUGUUAUAGAGUCAUUUGAUGGAAGUUGCACCCUUGACCUUCCCACAUUGAUUGAAUGUGACCAAGUACCCGAUUCGAAGGACGAGAUACCAACAUCUGAUGUUGCCUAUCACUACCCACACCUGACUGAAAUUGCUCAUCAUUUCCCAUCAAUCGAUGAGAGAGCUCAAGUGUCCUUACUGAUUGGAAGAGACUUACCUGAGGCUCAUCACGUGCAAGCCCAGAUCACAGGACAAAAAGGAACUCCCUUUGCACAAAAACUUGCUCUAGGCUGGACUCUUAUUGGUGAAACGUGUAUAGGUAAAUUCCACAGACCAGACAUUCAUGCGUACAAGACUUCAGUUCUAGGAAAUGGUAGAAGUACAAUGUUCAAACUUUGUAACAGUGAGUUUGAAGUUAAAGAGAAGUACAAAGACUUUGGCUGCACCGUAUUCCAGAAAUCCCCUGAUGACGAAAAACCAGGACUGUCUAGUGAAGACCGGGAUUUCCUAAGAUUAAUGGACAAUGAUUUCACAAAGGACUGUGAGGGAUACUGGACAGCGCCAUUGCCCUUCCGUUCGUACCGGCCAAAACUCCAAGAUAACAAGGUACAGGCGUUGAAAAGGGCCAGGAGUUUACAUAUUAACAUGGAGAAGGAUCCCUUAAAGAAGGAACACAUGUUCACCUUCAUGCAAGGUAUCCUUCAGAAUGAACAUGCGGAGAUCGCUCCCCCCAUCCAAGGAGACAAAGAAAGAUGGUAUCUCCCAAUAUUUGGGGUCUACCACCCCAAGAAACCGAACCAAAUAAGAGGAGUCUUCGACUCAUCAGCUAAACACUGUGGCGUAUCAUUAAACGACGUCUUACUCUCUGGGCCAGAUUUGCUGAACAGCCUACUCGGUGUGUUGAUGCGCUUCAGACGUGAACCCAUAGCCAUUAUGACUGAUGUACGGCAGAUGUUUUACUGUUUCCGAGUGAAGGAUGAACACAAAGACUACUUACGUUUUCUUUGGUACUAUGGGAAUGACCCUAAUGCAGAACUGAUUGAUUACAGAAUGCGUGUUCACGUUUUCGGGAACAGUCCCUCUCCGGCUGUGGCCUCUUAUGGACUGAAAAAGAUAGCAUGUCUCAGUGAAGGGACCUUCGGGGAGGAUGUUGCAAAUUUCCUACAGCGGGAUUUUUACGUAGAUGAUGGUUUAACCUCUCUACCCUCGGAGGCUCAAGCCAUUGACCUUCUUAUGAGGACACGCUCAGCUUUACACAAAGAAGGAAGGUUGCAUCUCCAUAAAAUUGCCUCCAAUUCCCGUGCAGUGAUGAAGGCCUUUGGUACUGAAGACUUGGCCAAGGAACUUAAGGAAUUGGAUAUUGGUGAGGGGGCCCUACCAGUUCAAAGAAGUUUAGGAAUCAGCUGGAAUUUAGAUACAGACUCGUUCUUGUUCUACCCAUCAUCUGAGGUGAAACCGGCCACGAGACGAGGAGUACUUUCCACUGUCAAUAGCAUCUUCGACCCUCUCGGAUUUGUAGCACCAAUUACUGUACAGGAGCUGAAAAUACCUCGAGUCUACACAAGUAUGUCCUUUGCGAGCUGUGAUUCAAAGGAGGUCCACAUGUAUUGUGAUGCAUCUGAGCAUGGUAUAGCAGCUGUAGGCUACCUACUAGCUAGGAGGAAAGACCAGAAAGAGCUGGGAUUUAUACUUGGAAAGGCGAAAGUGGCUCCCUCGCAUGGCCACACAAUACCCCGCCUCGAACUCUGUGCAGCCGUCCUAUCAACUGAAAUUGCGCAAUACAUAUCUGAACAAUUAGACAUUGACUUAAGCAAGUUCUUGUUUCAUUCGGACAGCAAGGUAGUUCUCGGCUACAUAACUAACCAAUCACGGAGGUUCUACACAUAUGUGAGCAACAGAGUGGCACGUAUACGACAAGUCACCUCACCAAACCAGUGGAAGUAUGUAUCCACAAAUAACAACCCUGCAGAUGUGGCUACACGUCCAAUGAAUGUAGCAGACUUGAAGGAUAGUAUGUGGCUAAACGGACCCCCCUACCUUUCACCCUGCAGUGAUUCUUCAGAAGAGAUUCUUUAUGAAUUGCAGAACCCUGACUCCGACAAGGAGAUUAGACCAUUUGUAACAUGUAUGAAAACCACCCAGGUUACGACAAACCUAUCACUCGGCUCACACAGGUUUUCAGAGUUCUCAGAUUGGAAGAAACUCAUUGAGUCCAUUGCGAGAUUGAAACAUGUGGCGCAGAGUUUCAAUGGACUAGGACCUUGUACAGGUUGGCAUUCCUGUAAACUCACGAAAUCAGUCCCAUCUUACAAAGAAGCAGAAAAAAUUGUGCUCAAAGUUGUGCAAAGAGAAUCUUAUCAAGAAGAAAUCAACAGUAUUCAAGAGAAAAACAUUGUUCCCUUGGACAGCUCUUUGAGAAAAUUAGACCCAUAUAUGGACUUAGAUGGUGUGCUAAGAGUCGGUGGUAGAUUAAAUAGAGGAGACCUAUAUCAAGACGACAAGAACCCUAUUAUUGUCCCUUCUCGACACCAUGUGGCCAAACUUAUCGUCGAAUACUAUCACAGGAGGUCAAGACACCAAGGCCGACACAUAACUGGUGGCGCAGUGCGUUCUGCAGGAUUUUGGAUUGUUGGCAGCAAGCGACUCAUCUCGUCAAUUUUGUACAAGUGUGUCAUAUGUCGGAAACUACGUAGAGGUGUUGAGAACCAAAAAAUGGCUGAUCUACCCAUAGACCGCACUCAACCAGGUCCCCCCUUUACAUAUGUGGGCCUCGAUGCCUUUGGACCUUGGAACAUAGUCACCAGACGAACUCGUGGGGGAGUUACAAAUUCCAAGAGAUGGGCCAUACUGUUUACCUGUUUGACCACUAGAGGUGUGCACAUAGAGGUCAUUGAGGAGAUGAGUGCCUCCUCCUUCAUCAAUGCUUAUAGAAGAUUUGUCGCACUUCGAGGUCCUGUAAAGCAGAUAAGGUCAGACAGGGGCACAAACUUUGUUGGUUCAACCAGCGACCUCAACAUCAACACCAUUAGCGUUGAAGAUGGACCUGUGAAAUCUGCCCUGUAUGAUAAUGGCACCACCUGGAUUUUCAACCCUCCUCACUCAUCACACAUGGGUGGGGUUUGGGAGCGUUUAAUCGGCGUCGCCCGACGCAUCCUUGACUCUAUGUUGUUGGAGAGUUCUAUGGUCAAGGGACAUUUAACUCAUGAAGUACUUGUGACUUUCCUUGCUGAGGUUACCGCGAUUAUGAACUCACGCCCACUCACAACAAUGUCAACAGAUCCUGAUGACCCUUAUCCACUCAGUCCGUCACUCCUGAUCACCCAGAAACCGGAUGUCUUGGUAUCACCAUUAAAUAUUGCGUUCGACUCUAAAGACAUGUACCGUUCACAGUGGAAAAGGGUACGACACCUGGCGGAUGUCUUCUGGAGUAAGUGGAAAGAUGGGAGGAAGUGGCAAAAGGACCAGAGGAAUGUUUCAGUUGGUGAUGUUGUGUUGAUGGUAGACAAACAAGCACCGCGUAUUCAGUGGCCUUUGGGCAAAGUUGUGAAAACCUUUCCAAGUGAGGACAACAAAGUGCGCAAAGCAGAGAUUCGCAUUUCAAGAGAUGGCAAGACAUCUACGUUUAUCCGUCCAGUUUCAGAGUUUGUGUUAUUGAUUGAGAACAGUGAAGUGUGA